GGACGAUGCUUAUGGUGACUGAGUAGGUUAAACAUUUCGUCUUUAGAUCUGUGAUGUUCAGUUCUAACUUGUCUCAACAUGGAGAGACGACCUCUAGAGAACUUGAAUCACGAUGAAUUCAGCUUUUUUUCUUUUUGAACCGCUGUUCGCAGAGCGAGCGCAUCACAGCAUUGAGCAUCCACAAGACAGUUCUACCUUUGAAAAUAUGUCAGGCAAAACCAAAGAUACUCGAAUUAACAUAACUUCCAAUCCUAUCUCGUCAGAUUUAUCUUCAUCAGAGAGGAGUAGUUCUCGUUCAAGACCACAUCGCCAUCGCUUGUUACACAAAAAUGGCAAAGUAAAUUUGCGGCCCUACAGAGUUCCGCUGAAGAAAGAACGCUUUUUGGCAGAUUUCUUCACAUCUAUAAUUGACGCUAAGUGGCGAUGGGUCAUAGCGAUUUACUCAGCUGGUUUCAUCUUCAGCUGGUCGUUUUUCGGCACAGCCUGGUUUGCGAUUUUCUGGCUCCGUUUGCACUACGAUAAUGGGACCGUUUGUGUGGACAAUGUAGAUUCUUGGACAUCGGCUUUCUUGUUCUCAGUGGAAACUCAAACUACCAUUGGUUAUGGUGGACGACAGAUAACCCCACAAUGCCCUGAGGCCGUGGUUUGUCUUCUGCUCCAGUCUCUCACCGGCUUUCUUUUGUCUACGUCACUGCUUGGCCUCGUUUUCGCCAAACUUUCCCGACCUCGUCCGAGGGGCCAAACGGUCAUUUUCUCGAAGCACGCAGUCGUGGCGCCAUACGAUGGACUCUUGUCGUUGAUGUUUCGGGUCGGCGACGCGCGCAAGAGCCAAUUGUUAGAUGUGGCAAUAUCUCUUCACUGCUUUUGCUUUCGGACCACAAAGACUGGGGAGGAAAUUUUAUUCUCCCAAACGGAACUUCCCAUCACAACUGAGCAUGGGAGCGAGGUCGGCGAACUCAUCAAACCGUUUCUGUUACUUCCCUUGACAGUAGUGCAUGUCAUUGACGAGCGCAGUCCGCUGUACGAGCUUGGGCCGCAAGAGCUUGCGAAUUCCCGUAUGGAAUUCAUUGCUGUCUUAGAGGGCGUUGUGGAAUCAACGAGCAUGGUUACCCAGGCAAAGACUUCAUUCUUAGCAGAUGAAAUUCGUUGGGGUCGGCGGUUUCUCCCAAUCUCUCUGCAUCGUGAUAACAGAACAGACCUAUCGUCUUUUGAUGCAACAUACAAAGUGAAAACACCUCAAACGUCACCCAGGGAAUAUGAGAGAUCAAACCGAAAGAUAAAACAUCGAGAAUAUGAGAAUACGGCGACAGAAAAGACAGAGGUGGAAACUGAAAAUGGCGACUGUCAUGUGAGUGUUGAGCCAAUUAACGGUUCAUCAACCGUGAGUUCAACCACCUAUUGUCAGAAAAACUGUAACUGCGAUGUCGCUCAGACAUAAGAUGUACAGAUGCCCGUAAAGCAGGACAUUUGCGGAGAACGCUGGUCCAGUCUAAGAAAAGACUUGAUCGAAGCCGCAUUGGAGGUCUUAAGAGUUAAUAGCGUUAACUCUUUUUCAAUCACUAUUCCGUCAGGAAUAUCCAAAGGAGGCUCAGCAAAGGAGAGAGAGGCAACCCAGGAGUGAACGAAAAAUUGCAGAAGGUCAAUUGUCGCUCCUGGAAAAAGAUGUUUCCCGCUUCAAUGACUGCUUAAAAAAUCCCUCUCGUCAAAACGUUGUUAAACGAAGGAUAAAGAAAAACUGAUAAAAAUUAAAAAAAAAAGAAAGAAUGAAAAGAAAAAAAGGAAAAGCUUGGAAAAUCUUAUGUGAUAGUAGUGAUUAACACGGAGAAAUUGGCUUACCGUUUAACCCUUUGACUCCCACGUCAAACUUGUAAUCCUUCUUUCUGUCAACAAUACAAGUCUUAUAUUGUUAGUUCAGAGAAUUUAGUAUUGGAUCAACUAAUUAUCCUCAUAUUGACAUUUUUCUUUAUUCUCAUAACUUAUCUGAUUGAUAUUGUAUUGAUAUUGUAAGGAGAAAUUCUGUCUUGGUCACUCAUGGGAGUUAAAGGAUUAAAGAACAAGCAACGUACUCAAGUAUUUAAUCUGAAAUUUUGUAAAUAAAAUUGCCUUGUAUUAUUGAA